UGCGAUUGUAAGAGAGAGAGAGGGAGAGGCUGUUGAUGCCGCAUAUGUGGGUAUUGCUUCUAGUGACGCUAGUAUUAUUUGUGCUUGUGCUAGCAGUGGUAGCAACACGAACUCAGUAAAAUCAUGAAGGCCACAACAAAGCUAGUGUUGUUCUUGUUGGCGGUGGUGGUGCUAGUGGGCGUGGGUAGCAGCACCGCAACAACCAUCAAGGACGAGUCAUGGACCGAAUGGGCCAAAGACAAGAUCUCUGAGGGCCUCGGCUUCAGCGCCGACGACGCUAAGGACAAGGUCGCCGACAAGUCCAGUCACGGUUAUGAUGCUACAGUCGACGACGCCAAAGACAAGGCUGCCAACACGGCCGAGCACGGCUAUGACGCCACAAUCGACGCCGCCAAGUACACCAAGGACAAGGCUGCCAACACAGCCGAGCGCGGCUACUACGCCACCAAGUCCGCCAAAGACAAGGCUGCCAGCACGGCCGAGCACGGCUACGAUGCUUCCAAGUCCGCCAAAGACAAGGCUGCUAACACAGCCGAGCACGGCUUCGAUGCUGCCAAGUCCGCUAAAGACAAGGCUGUCAACGCGGUCAAGCACGGCUACGAUGCCACAAUAGACGCGGCCGAGUACGCCAAGGACAAGGCUGGCAACGCGGCCGAGUACAUCAAGGACAAGGCUGCCAGUGCGGCCAAACACGGAUCUGAUGCCACAAUAGAUGCCGCUAAGUACGCCACCGAGAAGGCUGGCGACGCGGCCGAGCACGGCUACGACGCCGUUAAGUACGCUAAAGACGAGGCUGCCGACGCGGCCAAACACGGCUCCGAUGCAACAAUCGAAGGUGCUAAGUACGCCAAAGACAAGGCUGCAAACGCUGCCAAAUACGGCUCCGAUGCCACUAUCGAUGCGGCCUCCGGAAGCGGGCAGUAUGCUUCGGAGAAGGCCGGGGAUAUGAAGAAGAUGGCGGAGGAAGAAGUGAGUUGGACGAAGGAGAAGGCGAAGGAGGCAUUUGAGGCGGCCAGAUUGAAGGCUGAGGCAGCUAAAGAUGCGAUUGCAUCAAAUCUCAAAUCAACCAAAUCAAAUAAGAUCAAGGACGAGGAGCUCUAAUCAUCUAGUAACACUUGUAGUUGUUGUGCCUUGUUUGUUUGUGUAUUUAUAGAUUCCAAACCUUUUGUUCUACGUUUAUCACUACUAGUAUUUCAUAGUACCAAUAAAUAUAGUUUCACUUAUUA